GGUGGGGUGGGGGGGGGAGGAAGUUGAUUGUAAGAUGGAAAGGGCUGCGGAUCAGUCCUGGAGCAGCAGCUACACCUACCAGGUGAGCCAGCACAGCGCCGACAUGCUGAAGCGACUCAACGGGCAGCGCAAGAGCGGCGGCCGCUUCUGCGACGUGCUGCUGCGGGUGGGCGAGGAGAGCUUCCCCGCUCACCGGGCCGUGCUGGCCGCCUGCAGCGACUACUUCGAGUCGGUGUUCGGCGGGCAGGGCGAGCAGGCCGAGGCCCGGGAGCUGGAGAUGCACACCAUCAGCGCUAAGGUCUUCAGGGACAUCCUGGAGUUCGCCUACACCUCGAAGAUCGUGGUCCGGCUCGAGACCUUCCCCGAGCUCAUGACGGCCGCCAAGUUCCUCCUCAUGAGGUCCAUCAUCGACAUCUGCCAGGAGGUCAUCAAGCAGUCCAACGUGCAGAUCAUGGUGCCGCCGCCCCCGCCCCCGGCCCGGGCCGCCGACAUGAUGCUCUUCUCCCGCCCCACCGCCGCCGCCGCCGCCGCCAACCUGGAGCUGGGCUUCGCGCUGGACCUGGCGGCCGCCUGCGCCGGGAGCAACGGCGGCCACGGCGGCAACUUCUUGGGGGAGAACGGCCACGGCCACGGCCACGGCGGGUCGCUGCCGGCGGACAUCAAGCUGGGCGGCCCCGGGCUCGGCCUGGGCCUGGGCCUGGGCCCCAACGCGGGCCUCGGGCUCGGCCUCGGCUCCUCCUCCUCGUUACAGAGCCCUCUGCCGGGGGCGGUGGACGGCCUGGGGCUGGGGUCGGGGUCCGGGUUGGGACACCCGCAGUACCAGGCCGCGGUCGCCGCUGCUGCUGCCGCCGCCGCCGCCGCCGCCGAGCGCGCUGCCGGUGCUGUCGGGCGCGGGGCCGGGGCCGGGGCCGGGCCGGGCCGGGAGGAGGGCUUCUAUCCCUGCAGCUUCUGCGGGAAGGUCUUCAAGAACGCCAACCGCCUGCUGCUGCACGAGGCCCAGCACACGGGGCUGAGCCUGGAGCUGGGGGCCGCCGACCACCAGCCCGGGACCGGGCCCGGGCCCGGCGCCGGCUUCGGGGACCACCCGCUGGCCGCCUGCAGCGGGGGCCCCGACACCCCCCGCAAGCGGGGCCGCCUGAGGAAGAACGUGGCGUGUGAGCUGUGCGGCAAAGCCUUCAGGGAUGUGUAUCACCUGAACCGUCACAAACUGUCCCACUCCGGGGAGAAGCCGUUCGAGUGUCCGAUCUGUCACCAGCGGUUCAAACGUAAGGACCGGAUGACUUAUCACAUUCGCUCUCACGACGGCGCGGUGGGUAAACCCUACAUCUGCAUCAGCUGCGGGAAGGGCUUCUCCAGACCAGAUCACUUGAAUGGCCACAUCAAACAGGUGCAUACUGCAGAGAGACCCUUUAAAUGCCAGACUUGUGAAGCUUCAUUUGCGACCAAAGACCGCUUGCGCUCCCAUUUGACGUGUCAUGAGGAAAAAGUCCCUUGUCAGGUGUGCGGGAAGUAUCUACGUGCAGCAUAUAUGGCAGAUCAUGUCAAAAAGCACAACGAGGGACCAAACAACAUCUGCAACAUCUGCCACAAAGGUUUUUCUACUGCUUCCUACUUAAGGGUCCAUAUUAAAACCCACCAGGGUGUCCAUGUUCCCAACUCGCACACUUCUGAUCCUUGUGACAGGCGGUGCAAGCCCCAGCCUCAGAUCAUGGCUCACAAACAGACGCAGAGCGGGGAAGUGCCUUUCCACUAUGAGAGAACACGUUCGUUACAAGAUGGGGAAAUGGAUGGGCUAAAAUGCCAGCACCAGGAUUCGCAGGACAACUCUGACUCCUUUGGAGAUCUCUCAGACAUCAGUGACCUUAAAUCUCCUCUGAAGCACGAUCAGGAUGAAUCCUUUCAAUGUGACCUCAACAAUGGGAAAAUUAAAAUCGAGACCAACGCUGAGCAGUAUAUAGAACCGAAGCGAUAUCCCUGCCAGGACUGUGGCUCCGUGUUUAAAUCCAAGUCCUAUCUGAACAAGCACAUGCUAAAGAUCCAUGCUAAGCCAGUGGGAGGUUCCUUGGCUGACUUGUCCUCCGGCCUGGGCUCACCCUUCUCGCCUCAGCAGAACAUGUCUCUUUUAGAAUCGUUUGGGUUUCAGGUGGUGCAGAAUGCGUUUGCCUCCUCUUUGGUGGAGCCAGAGGCCGAGCAGAGCACAGAGGACCCUGAGCAGAAGUGAGCAACGGUAUUGUCAGGGCUGCUCCUUGAAGUACAAUAAGAUGGGCAGUGCUUGGCAAUGCCCGGAAAUAUCCAUUUUUUUUUUAAAAAAAGGAAGACCCAUCAAGGAAACAAACAAAAAAAUAUCACUGAGGGUACUUUCUCCCACGGCUAGUGGUGUCCUCACCGUGGCAGUUUUCAGACGUCAGCGCAUAGUGUACUCCUGGAUAUUGCCUGUACACAAUAGGUGGCAGUCGUUACAAAAUCUGUGUGUCUUUGAACCACAGCCAGUGUGUGAAGUGGCUUCUCUCCAGAUAAGUCCUAUUUCUCACUUCCCUGGGUCAGAGGAUAGGUUCCAACACCAGCUAACAAACCUCUAGCAACCUCCACCUCGGUCUGGUCAAAAUGAGUGGUUUUAAUCAAUUGCUAAAAAUAUUCAUUAAUUAAGUAGUUUUUUUUAAAAAAAAAAAUAUAUGGUUUGAACCAAACAAGUGUUAGGAUCAGUUAAAAGUACCAAAUAAUGAAGAAGAAAACAAUUUGCAACUGCAAAUCCACAAGGAACAUCCCUUGCAUCGUCAUUGCUUUUCCAUCCAGUAGCCAACAAUCCCCAUUGAGUAUCCUCCUUACAGACUCUAUAUUAAACAAAAUUAAUGUUACAUGUUUUUUUUAAAAAAAACUUAGAA